GUGCAAAUAUUCUUCAUUGCAGUGGCCAUACUGAUGGGCAUCACAGCAGUUCUACUGUUGACUGUAGGUGCCCUAAGUACCGGCUCAACCAGAGACGAGGUCUACAGGUUGGUCUCUUGA